UAUAGAAUUAUAAUUUUACAAAUGGAGUUGUUGGGAUUUGUAAAUACCUAGAAUAGCUAAUCUUAAAAUACAAAAAUUUAAUUUAAUUUUACAAAGAUACAAGUGAAAAUUAGGAGGGAAACUUACCUCCUUAAUUUGAUAAAGCAUAUAAUUUGAUAAAAAAAAUUUGUGGGAAAAUUACCUUCAACAAAAUUUGUGGGAAAAUUACCUCCAAAAAUUUAUCAACUAGUGAAAAAUUCCCUCCAACAAUAAGUAAAUAAAGAUCGUAAAAAAAAAUAUAAUAAAAUCCUACUCCCUCCUGUUCUUCGGUUCUCUACUACAUUCUCCAUUCUCUAUUGUUUACCGAUUUCAAGCGUUUUCUCCAUCAGCUUUCCACGGUCUCCAUUCGGGUGGCUUCCUCUCUUGAUUUCCUCCAUUGAAACAACUUUAAGAGACUCGCAGCAGAUGCAAGGACAGAGGAAUGCAAUGGUAGUAGUUAGUCUUGGUGCUUUUAGUUUUUCCGAACUCCAGAUGAUGCCUCGGUGUUGCGUUUGAGGCUGUUAAAGCCACAACCACAUUAGCUACAACUGCUACCGACACUGCAGCAUGUAGCUGUUCAUUGUGAGUUCUUAUCUCUUGUUACUUUUUCUAUCUUUAAUCCUUAAUUCGUGUCCACAUUUUUCUCCAUUUAGUCAUCCUUUUGCAUAGUUUAAUAACUAUGACAUGUAUUAAAUUAGCUGCUAUUAGUAUUACUCAGACUAGUAUGGUUUGGUUGGAUACCGGACCUUUAUGCUUUGUUGCUUGUCUCAAAAAAUCAUAAUGCAUCAUAAUUUGAGCUAUUCUUUUCUAUGUUAAUUUUGAUUGCUAAAAUAGUUUACAAUAAAGGUAGUUCAACUCUUAUGAAGGAGUCAUAUAAGGAUAAAUUAUUGUGGGAAGUAAGAAACUAAGAACAUUAGUCUUCUUUUCAAAGGUAUGCUUAAAAUUGGAAUUCUAGAGAGGGGCUUUCUGUGACAACCACAACUCAUAUAUGCUAUAGGUUAGGUUUAAAGUUUUAAUAUAUGCUGCCUAAGUCAUUUUUUAAUCUGAUUUAUUUUCACUUACCAUUCUAAAUUUGUAUAUAUUUUCUUUAAUUAAAAGUGGGAAUGGGUUGAUAAAAGGGGAUGAGGUUAAGACUAAAGACGAUAUGAUGGCAUUGCUUUAUAUCUGAGUUUUUGUAUUCUACUGCUGGUGUUUCUGAACUACCAUUGGGUUCUUUUUAUUCACAUGUGCCAUCCUUCGAUUCCUUUCCUAAAAUCUUAGUUCUUUUGUAGAUCAUAUAUGAAUCUGGCCCCUAUUUUUCACUUUAUAGAAUUUUGGCACUUGAAUCAUGGGGCAGCCUCAAAUGGCUGGAGGUGAUAGGGCUGGUGCACCUACACCAUAGAGAUAAAUGACCAACAAUGCCCUAGCUUACCUGAAGGCAGUGAAGAAAUUAUUCCCGGAGAAGGAGAAAUAUGAUUAAUUCAUCAGGACAUUAUGAGGCAAUAAGCUGGAACAUUGGAGUGCUAUAUUGUUGGGUCUUUUACGAAAACAAGUUGGUUUCUGCUACAAUGGCUACUCAGAUGAGCAAGAACCGAAAGUUCGGUGCUGAUGGUGUCAUUUACGCCGAACUAAAUAAAGUUUUCAGGAGAGAACUCACUGAAGAUAGCUACUCUGGUGGCAAAGUGAGCAGGGAAGAAGGAUUAAGGAAUCCCUUUUUUUUUAAGAUGGAUGAGUGUGAUGUAGAAAACUUUAUAGCCUUUUGCUGGGCUAUUUGUGGUGCUAGGAACUCUCAGAUCAUGGAGGGGGAGUGUAGGGACUAUGGGGAAGUGCUGAGCUAUGCUAUAAAGACUGGAAAUUCCAAGCCUGGUUUCUGCUGUGCUGUUGCUGUUGGUUAAGGGAAGGCUGCUGUCGAUUGGACAACAUAUGCAGGACUCUUAAAGGUUAAUGUUGAUGCUGCCUUUGUAGGUGACUUUGAGUGUGGUUUGGGGUAGUGAUCAGGGAUGGUUUUGGUGCUGUUAUGGCUUCAGGGGUCCAGUAGGGCAGUGGGAUGUGAGGGUGGAUGAAGCAAAAGUCGUGUGAAGCAAAAGGCUAUGUUUUUUUCAUAAAAUCGUAGCAAUUAGGUCAAAAAUGCUAUGAUUUUGAAUUGUAGCAAAUACAUGUUCCUAUGUGUUCUCCUAGUUUUGAAGUUCAAAACCAGAGCAAAAGGUUUGAAUAAAACCGUAGCAAGUGUACUAGUGUAUUUUGCAUUGGUACUGCUCUACUUGUUCAGAAUUAUUGUAACGUAUGACUUUUAAUGUCAAAUAUAUUCAUCAAUUUGACAAGAC